AUGGGUGUGACUGGUUUGCUGCCAUUCUUAAAAAAAUGCAGCCGUCAAGUUAAUAUUAAGGAGUUUGAGGGCUAUACAGUUGCAGUUGAUGCUUAUUGUUGGAUACAUCGGGCUUCUUAUUCAUGUGCAAUGGAUCUUGCCCUUGGAAAUCCUACUACGCAAUAUAUAACCUACUGUAUGAAAUAUUUAAAAAUGAUCAUUGAAGCCGGUAUCAGGCCAAUUCUUGUUUUUGACGGUGCAAACUUGCCUGCGAAAGCCGAAACGGAUUCAAAACGUCAAAAAUCUAAGAAAACAUACAAAGAGAAAGCAGCUCAGUAUCUUCUUGAAGGUAAUCGAAGAGCAGCUAAUGAGUGCUUUGAGAGAUGUGUCGAAGUCACUCAAAACAUGGCAUCAAAUGUGAUUAAGGCUGCUCGUGAGCUCGGCGUCGAUUGCAUUGUUGCUCCUUACGAAUCAGAUGCACAACUGGCCUACCUUGUUCAGGCUGGUUAUGCAGAUCUCGUAAUAACAGAAGACUCCGAUCUUCUUCUAUUCGGUUGCAAACAGGUUCUUUUUAAGUUGGAUAUGUCAGGAAAUGGUUGCUUAAUUACUUGGAGUGCAGGAAUCGGUGAACAGUGCUGUGGAAUACCGUCUCAGGAUUUUACUCCCGCUCAUUUGCGUUUCUUGGGGAUUCUUUCCGGUUGUGAUUAUUUUCCAGGUAUUCCAAGAAUCGGUCUCACCACUGCAGCAAAGAUACUGCGUCAAUGUCGAACAGCCGAUUUUCGAUAUCUCCUGUCAAAUAUGGGAAGCUUCUGUAAUCUUGCUGAUGCUGCAUGUCUUCCUAUAGGUUAUCUUCAAGGAGAAUUACUUUCCCAAUGCUCAGGUGAUCAGAUCUCUUUAUCUCCUUCAUCUUCACUCUCUACAGAGAGUUCUACACCAACUGGUUCGCUGGUGCGAAAGAUGUCUUCAGCGAGUCGUCAGAAAUCGUUAAGUGGAAACAAACUUCACGAAGAUACUAUUCGGGCUGCAAUGCGUGCUGAACGCACCUUCCGCUUGCAGGUCGUUUUCGAUCCAAAAUCGCGUAAGCGAAUUCGCCUUUCUGAACCUACAAUGGAGGAUAUAAAUGAAGAGCGUCUUAUUCGUGCAGAUGCAGAUCAAUCGGAGAGUGAUUUGUUUAUCUACGCUGGAGAUGAAACUCUUGAGGCAGAUUUGGCUUUCGCUAUUGCUAUUGGGAAUGCCGAUUUUGAUACUGGUAGCACCAUUGACUGCUUCAAUCCUGAUGAAUUCAAAGUGAAGAAACUAUUCUACGGUUUGAGAGUUUGUUCGGAACCAAAUUUGAAUUUGUCUCCUUGUUCUGUGGGCUCAGUACUUAGAAGAGUCAGACGACCUGAUGGCGAACGUUUGAAUAUGAGUAUUUGGAAUGACUCAUAUAAAUUAGAACCAGUUUGGCUCUAUUACACGGAUAAUGGUCUCCAAUCUCGUCCAUUUUGCAUUUCAAUUGAAGACGUCAGCGGUGAAAAACUAAGUGAUUCUCAGCGUCUCGUUCUGUUAAAAUCAAAAGACGGCCGUGGAAAGCCUACCACCACUCUCCCGCCUCCCCCUUCCUUUCCUGCUUCUCGACCUCGUCUUUCAUCUAAUUCAACUGCUUUGAGUCGAAGCCGUCGAAUGACGGUGUCGACUGUUCUCACAGCUGAACCUUCUGUCAUUUUGGCUAGUCGUAAAAGGCCCCUGGAAGAUAAUGUCGCUCUCUAUACAUCCAAUGUUGAAGAUGUAGUUGCUUCUUACAUCUCUGAGGGGGAGGUUCUAUCUUCAUCUCCAAAGACACCAAUGCGAGAUUUUGCAACUAGCGAAACCCCUAUUAUAUCUGCUGGAGCUUACUUCGCCACCCCUGUCUCAGCAAUACUACAACCUAGUGCUAAUGCAGGACGCAAAGGCGAGGCGUUGGAAUGCAAACGACCUCGUUCUAUUUUCGAGGCAGAUUUGAGCGGAUCAGCUACGUGCAAAAAAGUUAAUGCAUUCACUGCUUCUACUCGAAAGGAGAAGAUACCGCCACUGUCUGAACAUAGACCGAAUUUCUCCACGGGUCAAGUGAACAAAACGGGAGCAUCUCCAUUAAGUCAGCGUUUCUCCUUCCCCUCUCUGAAAGCUUCAAGAUACUCAAAUAAAUCCACAAGCGAAGACAGUUCAAGACAACAAACACAAGUCAAUGACUGCAUUGAAUACAAGCGCCCCACCUCACCCGUCUUUGAUGAGAGCAACCUCGAACCUGUGAUUAAAAGCUCAAGUCCAUUACGGAACAAAGCCAAGGCGGGAUCAACUUUAUCCUCCUUUUUCAGCAAAUACCAAUUCAAUCCACCUUCCAAAAGGCACUCCACUCUCUAA